ACUAGCAGUUUGUUCUUGGGAAAGUGAGGAAUGGUGAGCGGGUUACUGCACUUCUCCUAUGUUCUUUUUAUUCUACCCCAUCUGGAGCUGUUCUGAGGCAAAGUGUUUGUUAUUCUUGGUGUGUGGAUUGAGAACCAACAUCUGAACUGCUACAAGUGAUUAUUUUUUUUCCUUCCCUUUUCCUGGCUCUGCUAAGUUUGGGUGCAUGAUUCUUCCCUGAGCAAUGAGGUCAUUGAAAAAGAUCAUCUGGAUAAGUAGUGUGAGUUUCUCAGUGCGAAUGUGAUCAGAGAGCAGUACCUUUUACAGUAUGUCAUACCUGGAUCACAAACAACUUUGAUAAUGACUCCAGCCUUCAGGCUUGUGGUCAGCAUUUACGUUUGUCUUUGGGUGAUCAUCUAAGUACAAGGAACGACACAGGGCUUUUUUGCAGCUGUCCAUCACAAGUGUCCCUCCUAGAGAACUUUUCUACCGGGAGAACAGCAUCCAACAGGCAGAGGUCACCAGUAUCUUAUGGUGCUCAGGGAUAUAGAGUCAGUGACCGACCCAGGAAAAUCUUCCUCCAAGAAAGAGAACUUACUUUUACAGCUAUGCCCAACCUGCAAAAUGCCAACACUUCCUUCAGUUCCAGGCAGGAACUCCUGGAUCUCCAAGAUGGGUCAACUCCUGGCUCCCUGGAUGAUCACGAUACAGCGGAGAUCCAGGAUGUUUCCCCAGAAGGUUCCAGUCCUGGCAGUUCAAGUGCAGUCAACCAGAAAAUUGACACGGUGUCUCUAGGAGAGGGUUUCAGGGAAGAGACAGGUGGUUCGUAUGGGGUCAGGUUUGUCCCUACAGAUUCGGAGCAUCUCUGCGGCUGGGGAGCCCUGACUCCCCAGUGCAUCCAAGCCUUCAACACACCCCGCUGGGUGCUCUUCUUCCUGUGCGUGGCCUCCUUCCUUCAGGGGAUGAUCAUCAAUGGCUUCAUCAACACGGUGAUAACAUCCAUCGAGCGGCGCUUUGACCUGCGCAGCUACCAGACCGGCCUGAUCGCCAGUUCCUAUGACAUCGCCGCUUGCAUUUGUCUGACCUUUGUCAGCUACUUUGGAGGUACGGGCCACAAGCCCAAGUGGCUUGGCUGGGGUGUGCUGAUCAUGGCCCUGGGCUCUCUGGUCUUUGCCCUGCCGCACUUCACCACCCCCACAUACCAGGUUAGCAUGGCGGAGCAGACCAGCCUGUGCUUGAACAAUAGAACCGGUCCUUGCCAUGAGAACAGGAGCGGAUUGUCUAGCUACAGAUUUGUCUUCAUGCUGGGCCAGUUCCUGCAUGGUGUGGGGGCCACACCGCUCUACACCUUGGGUGUUACGUACCUCGAUGAGAACGUCAAAUCCAGCUACGCACCAGUCUACAUUGGAAUUUUUUACACGGCAGCCAUCGUGGGACCUGCUGCUGGAUACUUGCUGGGGGGAAUCUUCCUUAACAUGUAUACAGAGAUCCACGAGACGACUGAACUGACCCCAGAAAAUCCCCUCUGGGUGGGGGCAUGGUGGAUUGGCUUCAUCCUGGGAGGUAUUGCCGCGCUCGUCAUCGCGCUCCCUAUUCUGGGAUAUCCACGGCAACUUCCAGGUUCUCAGCGUUAUGUGGCUAUGCGUGUAUCGGAGGCCCAUCAGAUGAAGGAUGGGAGCCAGGAGAGGGCGGCCGACCCGCAGUUUGGGAAGACAGUGAAAGACAUGCCCAGGUCAGUAAUGCUGCUGUUAAAAAACCCCACGUUCAUUUUCCUGUGUUUCGCUGGAGCCACGGAGGCCACCCUCAUCGCAGGCAUGUCCACCUUCGGGCCCAAAUUCCUGGAGUCUCAGUUCAGCCUCAGUGCAUCUGAAGCGGCGACCUGGUUUGGCUACAUGGUGGUGCCCGCAGGUGGGGGUGGCACCUUCCUGGGCGGGUACUUCGUCAAGAAGCUCGGCCUUCGUUGCCGCGGCAUCAUCCGCUUCUGCAUGCUGUGCGCCGUUGUCAGCCUGCUGGCCAUAUUCAUCUUCCUCAUGCACUGCCCCAAUGUGCCCAUGGCCGGCGUGACCACAGCCUACCACACCAGCCCAAUCCAGUACCAGAACCAGUACCUCACCAUGUUCCAGGACUCCAAAAACAGGUCCCAGCUGACAGUGAACCUUACAGUGGGGUGCAAUUCUGGAUGUCACUGUACAGAGCAGCUGUACAACCCGGUGUGUGGAUCUGACGGGAUCAUGUACUACUCGCCCUGCCAUGCUGGCUGCGCCGCCGUGAACAACUCUCAGCGCACAACCGACCGACAGCUGUUUUCCAGCUGCAGCUGCAUAAUGGGGAAUACAACUAUGGAGGAGGGGUUUGCCCUCGCGGGAAAGUGCAGCUCCUCGUGCCAGCAUAUGCCUGUCUUACUCGUCUUCCUCUUCAUCGUCAUUUUCUUCACCUUCCUCUGCAGCAUCCCUGCCCUCACCGCCACCCUCAGGUGUGUACCAGACAGUCAGCGUUCCUUUGGACUGGGCAUUCAGUGGAUUGUUGUACGGACUCUUGGGGGAAUCCCUGGCCCCAUAGCUUUUGGAUCCAUGAUUGACAUCUCCUGCAUCCUGUGGCAAGACCAGUGUGGAGAACAGGGUUCCUGCUACCUCUACCAGAACUCUGCCAUGAGCAGCUACACACUUGCUGCGGGGGUCAUUUAUAAGGUUCUAGGGACAGCCUUCUUCCUGCUGGCAUGCAUUCUAUACCAUCCCCCUCCAGAGUCCCCGCAGAGCAGCUGUGAGAGCACAGACCACGGUCUGGGGGACCCUGCCGACCUCCCCGUGAAGGAAGUCCCCAAAGAGAUGAUCUCCAAUGUAAACGCAAAUCUCUGAUGUCGUUCUCUCACCGCUUGCCCACAUGUUCACUGUGUCUGCCUUGGUUUGCUAGCCUCUUCAUUGGGCUGGGUGUGUUGCACCAUAUCACACACACAUAAAUCGUCAUAUUUCAACCAACACUGGUACGGAGUCAGGCACCAUUUCCACUGAGACUUCCCUGUGGCACCUAGAUGUGACUGCAGACACCCGUUUAUGGAAGCCAGUGUAUAGCUGUAAAGCACAUUGUUACCAGCCCCAUCCAAGUGGCUGUUUAUUUUUUUUUCAUCCCUGAAAUCCAGGGGAUCAACUUGGAACAGAACAAGAAUGAAAUUAAGGGUGUGAAAGCGACAAAUUAAAGCUAGAUUAGAUAUUUGGUUAACUAAUACAUGUCAUCGUAUCUACUAACCUAGUGAAAAUGACCACAUUGUUGAUUAGAGAGGUUUGUAGGGCUUAUUGAUAUUGAUUAGUAUAUUAUUCGUUAUAUGACUGUACAUAUUUUAAUUCAUUUUAAUAUUUUCUUAAAUUUUAUAGGUAGGGAUUUUAGAUAAACUAUAGUUUAUAUGACAAGGACUGCAAGUGGCGUAAAGAAUGAAACUGAAAGUGAAACAGGUAUUUUUAAACGUUCUAUGUUUGUCUGUCUGCUUGCAAGGGUUAUUGUGAGCUGUUAAGUUAUGGGGCAUGUGGCUUUUUCUAGAACACACAUUUUAAAAAGAAAGUUAUUUUGGAAGCUCUUCACUGGAGAACUCCACAUAGAUGGGUCUAGAAAUGAAUUGUCCCCUUCAAAAUAUCCUGAAAUGAAGACGUCCAAAAAAUGUUGUCCAGCUGUAUUUACUCAGUGCAACUUAACAGCAAAGCGAAAGAUGUCAUAGCAACAGUUCAGAAAAAAUAAAAUAAAAAAAUAAUCACUGAGAUGGUUAAAGGAUCACCCCCCCCCCCCUCCCUUGAGUAGCUACACACUUGCUGCAGGGGUCAUUUAUAAGGUGCUUGUCUGACUGCAUUAUGGCAGCUCUCUAGGUUUACAGUAUCUGUGUCAGAGAUACUGCCUUUUGCUUUGAUUACAGCCAUGAGUCUGUUGGGAUACUUCUGGACCAGUUUUGCACAACUAAACUGCAAUAUUUGCCCACUCAUCUAUACAGAACUGUCCAAUCUCAGUCAAAUUGGAUGGUGACUGUGGGUGUAUUGCAAUCUUCAAGUGAAUUCACAGAUUUUCCAUAGGGUUUAGGUCUGGGCUCUGACUGGCCACACAAAGAUAUCUAACUUCUUCUCCUUUAAUCCACUCUGUGGUCGACUUUGCUGUGUGCUUUGGAUCAGCGUCGUGUUGGGAGGUGAACCGCCUUUCUGCCACAAUUUGGUGGCAGAGGGCAGCCGGUUUCCCUCAAGAAUUUGACGGUAUUUCGCACCAUCCAUUUUUCCUGACCAGUGCCCCAGUCCGUGCUGCAGACAAACACCCUCAGACAGCAUGCUGCCGCCGCCAUGCUUCACUGUAGGUGUGGUGUUCUUUGGAUAGCAAGCUGGGUCGUCUUUCCGGCAGAUAUUCUGUUUGACGUUGAGGCCAAAUAGGUCGAUCUGACCAUAACACCUUAUUCCAUUUGGUCACAGAAUCUCCUAAGAUACAUUUUGGCGAAGCUCAGUCAAGACUUCGUGUGGCUUUUCUUCAGC